UAGAAAAGGUUGGUGAAAGCGAAGUGGGAGAGAAGAAGCUAAGGAGAAGAAGCAGCAGCAGCAGAAAGAAAGAAGGCGACCUUAGCUUUAAUUUUCUUCUGAGCUUUCUCUCCUUUCAUUAUCUAUCUUCAAUUCCCACAUAUAUCCAUCCCAGCCUGAUCGAUGGCCUGAAUUUCUUGUUGGAUUGGGAAAUCAGUAUGCUUUACUGUACUCUAUAUUUGAUUAUAAUAUCAAAGAGGGGAUUAAAGAUUAGAGAUUGAAGAUUCCUUGUUUACAACACUUGAAGCGCAAGGAUCAUCGCAGUUCACAUGUUCAGAGUCUUGUUCUCUUUCACUGCCAGUGAGAAAAUGAUGUUUCUGGGCUUCUGCACCUUUCUGUCAAGAUCUAUCCAUCUUUGCUUCGUUUACAGGUUCGAGAGGAGAAAAGGGUUCAGAGAUUUAUGAUUCUACUAAAAUUGAAGUUGUGUUUUAACCCGAGAACACCGGUACUAGGUUUUGGUUUCAACGGAAUUAUUCCAUGUCCCAAGGAUACCCUCAUCACCACCAGGAAUUUUACGGUUCCCAGAAUGAUUAUCACCAGAGAUCGGCCUCCGCCGCCGCCGCUGCUGCGGCGGCGGCGUCGUCUAUGAGAUUUGAAACGCCGCCGCCGCAAAUUCCGCUUCAAGUGGACGAACCGCCGCCGCCGACGUAUGACGGCGGCGGCGGAAUUCUGGCGGAGAUGAUCAAUUACCCUCCAGAGUGGCGGAAAGCUGCCACCGAAAUCUUGGAUGAUCAGAUCCAAUCAUCCUUCAGGGCGUCAUGGCCUCGUCAAAAAGAACAACACCUGUCAGUGAACGAAGCACUUCCCUUCAUGAAUCUUCACAUAAAACCUUCAUCUCCGCCGCCGCCGCAACGGCCGUCUUCUUCCGCUCUUCACAUACUCAACAACCCCAACUCCGCCGCCGGAUCUGAGCUGAGCCACCACGGCGGCUAUCAUCAUAUGCUGAGCCCGCUGAACAUGGACGCGGCGGCGCCGUCGCAGUUCACGUGGAUUCCGGGCGGCGGCGGCGCCGCCGCCGCCGCCGCCGAGAACGAUUCGGCGAAAAUUCGGAGCAUAAUAGAGGCGCAAGGGCUGUCGUUAUCCUUAUCGUCUUCCCUGAGAAACAUGGAAGCCGCGAAGCUUGAGGAGAUGAGGAUAGGAAACGGCGCGGCGGCGAUUAAUUACCUGCAUAAUCAAGGGUUAUUAGAGGCUAAUAAUGCUGCUAAUUAUCAUAAUCCCCACCCGCAACUGUUACAUUCAGGAUUGGCUAUGGAUCUCCCGCCCAACACACAAGUCCACGUCGGAUACGCCGCCACCAACGUCCUCCGUGGCUCCCGCUACCUGAAGGCGGCGCAGGAGCUUCUAGAAGAAUUCUGCUGCGUGGGAAGAGGGCACUUCAAGAACCAAAGGGCCAAGAAGAAUGAGAGCGGAGGAAACCCUAAUUCCAACGCGGCCGCCGCCGAAAGCGGGAAUUCUCCGGCGGGAUCUUCUUCUUCAAAGGAGCAGCCGCCGCCGCUUUCCGCCGCCGACCGGUCGGAAUAUCAGAGGAGGAAAAUCAAGCUCCUAUCUAUGCUUGAUGAGGUGGACGGGAGAUAUGCGCGGUACUGCGAUCAAAUGCAGGUGAUGGUGACGUCAUUCGACACGGUGCUGGGCUACGGGGCGGCGGCGCCGUACACGACGCUGGCGCAGAAGGCGAUGUCUCGGCAUUUCCGGUGCAUAAAGGACGCGAUAAUGGUGCAGAUGAAGGAGACGUAUAGGGUGCUGGGGGAGAAGGACCCGACGGGGUCUUCGGGGCUGACUAAAGGGGAGACGCCGCGGCUGAGAAUGCUGGACCAGAAGUUCCGGCAACAGAAGGCGCUGAAUCAGAUGGGGAUGAUGGAUUCCGAGGCCUGGCGGCCGCAGAGAGGGCUGCCGGAGAGAUCUGUCAAUGUUCUCCGGGCUUGGCUCUUCGAGCAUUUCCUUCACCCGUACCCAAGUGAAGCAGACAAGCAUUUGUUGUCUCGGCAGACUGGUUUAUCCAAGAAUCAGGUUUCGAAUUGGUUCAUUAAUGCUAGGGUUAGGUUGUGGAAGCCGAUGGUGGAGGAGAUGUACCAGCAAGAAUCCAAGGAGGAAGAGGCGGAGGAGCAAGAAAACGCGGCGGCACAGUCCCCAACGCCUGACGACACUAGUAGUGGUGGCAAUAAGGGCAUCACUGCCACCGCGACAACGACAACCACAACAAUUCCGUCGCCACGUGGCAGAAGAUCCGAAUUUAUUGCAACAGAAAACGACCCUUCACGGGGCUACGCCAUCGCCAAUUAUUCAUCCUCCUCCUCCUCCAGGCCUCACCAAUACGCCUUGGGAAACCCGACGGCGACGGCGACGACGGUGCCGCAUCUUCCGGAUACCGCUUCCCCGCCGCGCUGGGAGCCCGGGCUGCACGGCUGGGGAGUGGUGGUGGACGGCGGCGACGUUAGGCUCGGGGCGGCGGCGCAGUCCACCGGAGACGUGUCCCUCACUUUGGGGCUCCGGCACUCGGAAAAUGUGCCCAGGAAUACCAGGCAGCUCUCCAUUAGAGACUUUGGAGCCUUUUGAAUUUGCUGGUGUGAUUGAUGGAUAUCAUUAAAUUAAAUUAAAAACACAUAUCCUAUACUUUAAAGGUAUGAUAAUGACAAUAUAAUGGUGAUAUUAGCCUAUUGGAGUUGGUAUUAAUUGUAAAAAAAAAAACACAAAUGAGAAUUGUAUUCUUACUUAUUUGGUUUGUUUUCCUUUUGGUAUGGUGGUUACAUAUUGUAGGGCUUGUAAUUUAUUUAUUUUUAUAAAAAGUCAAGUGAAUAUGAGUUUUUGUAAGAUAUA